AUGGCUCGCGUUGCUGCCGGCAUGAGAUCGAGAGAUUGGCCGCCAAUCGGCCCUGCUGGGCCCCGCCUGGAUAUCCCCCGACCUUUUCAAGGUUCCCCUUCUUCAUCUGCAAGCCUUGAGGUUGUCCCUCCAUCCUCCGCCACAGUGGUACGAUCGUGCAACUUCGUCCCCUGUACCGUCACCAUGGAUGUCAAAUCGUUCCAACAAGCACGUGGGACGCCGCCUCCCGAGGAGCGUCGUCCCCUUCUGGGUCCCGAUGAUGAGGUCGUACAGUAUGAAGUGGACGAUGACAUAAAGGGUAGGUCCCGACAGCCAGCAUCACGAUGGGUACCAACCUGGGCCAAGUCAAUCUUCAUCACCGCCAUCCUCCUGAUUAUGAGUGUCCUGCUGGUCCUGGCCCUUCUCUUUCUGGGCAUAGGAAUCUCUGGCCUCCCUCAUGGCUCCUCCGGGAAGCCGUCGGCUCCACACGCUCCUAUCAAAAAUGUGGUCGUUCUAGUCCAAGAGAAUCUCUCAUUUGACACCUACGCGGGAGGCCUGACCUACAACUCUACAAUUGACGGCCUCGUGAACAGAAAAUAUUGCAACCCUUCUGACAUAGAAGACCAUAAAUCGUACCAAGUCUGUGCCAAACCCACCGCCAAGAAUGUUGCCCCCGAUGAUCCCGACCAUUCCAUCGCAGGGGGUUCCAUGCAGGUCUAUAGCACCUACCAUCCCGAUAAUAUGAGUGCUGCUUCUAUGCAAGGAUUCGUGACCGAACAGGUCCGCUCGUACGGCAUCGACCGCGAUCUCUCCCGCGCUGCCGAAGUCAUCAACUACUACACCCCAGACCAUGUCCCUGUCCUCAAUGCUAUGGCUGAGAAUUUCGUGCUCUUUGAUGCCUGGUUUGCUGCAGUUCCAGGUCCGACCAACCCCAACCGCGCCUACUUGACGUCUGGAACUAGCUAUGGCCAUGGACUGAACGACAUCGGCUUCUUGACCUCGGCUCUGCCUCAGGUGUCUAUUUUUGAGCAGCUGUCGAACGCUAACAUCAGCUGGAUCAAUUACUCUAAUACCACUGGAUUCCUCCCGGAUGCCCUCUUCUACAAGUGGACUCUGAGGACCGGCAAGUCUGAGACACAUAUUAAGCCCAUCGACGAGUUCUACCGCGACGCCAAGGCAGGCACCCUUCCCCAAUUCACCUGGAUCAAUCCCGAAUGCUGCAAGUACAUGUCAUUCCAUCCUCCGUCACCCGUCAACAUGGGUGAAGGGUUUAUCAAGAGUAUUUACGAGGCACUUCGGUCCUCGCCGCAGUGGAACGAGACCCUCUUCAUCUUGACCUUCGAUGAGCACGGCGGUUUUGCAGACCACGUUCCCCCUCCCGAGAACGUGCCCCCAGGUGACCAUCGCACUCAUAAAGAGUGGGCUCUGGACGGAAGCAAGAUUGAGUUCAAGUUCGACCGGCUGGGAAUCCGCGUCCCUACGCUGCUGAUGUCUCCCUGGGUUGGCAAGGGUGUCGUACAAAACCGUCCCACAAAUCAGCCAAACGAUUUCACCCAUACUUCGAUCUUGAAGUAUCUUUCAGAACUGUGGGACUUGCCCGUGUUAACGCCAAGAGUCACCUGGUCGCCAAGUUUCGGAAGCUUGAUCACCACUACCUAUCGGGAUGAUACCCCCGAUAAACUUCCUGAGCCUGCUGACUUUUAG